UAACAUUACAGUAUAUUAGCAUAAUAUACUAUAAAAACGGGAGUCAAAAUCUUUGCAACCUCAGUUUUUUCAUUCAAGAGAAUUUAUUGACUUGUCUGGAUUUAUCAAGGAAAUUUGGAAUUAUUUGUGAUGGUUCAUUUGUAGAAUUAGUAAGAUGCUGCACAAUAAGAAGAUUGUAGCUGUAGUUAUACUGAUAUGUGCUGUUUGCCUGACAACUUCACAAGAUUGUCAAGCAAGGGAUGAGGCCGCUGCUAUAGAAGAAGAUCCGACCAGAGAGUGCAGAAAAGAAUGUUUAAUAAAUGCGGAUUGUACAGGCAACAAGUCUUGCCUGUGUGAUGAUAAGUGUGGAUUGUCAUGUUAUAACCCCGAUGCUGAAUGUCCUGACUUAACCGGCACCUUGGCUAAUGGAGUCAUAUCGAUGCCAGAUGGCCGCAAAUAUGGCGCUAAGGCCAAGCAUACUUGCAAUGGUGGAUAUUACAGAGUAGGGAUAGAAAAAAGAAUUUGUAGAUCUACAAGGAAAUGGAGCCACGUUCAAACUAAUUGCACAAGGGGCUGUGAUCCACCUCCAACCGUUAAUGGCGCCUAUGCUGACACAGAUCCUGACAUUCUUGGCUAUCAACCUGGACAAACGGUCACGUACAAUUGCAACACAGGUUACGAGGGGGCAGGGAACUUUAUGAUCAAUUGUCAAACUGAUUAUGAGUGGUCGCCUAUCAAUUUUUAUUGCCAAAGAAAGAAUUGUGGAGCCCCUGAAACAAUUUCUAAUGGUGCAUACACAGGAACGAGUUUCUUAUUCGGCGAUUCUAUUACUUAUUAUUGUAACACAGGAUAUGACAUCUCGGGUACAGCGACUCGGAAAUGCAUGGCUGAUGCAAAAUGGUUACCUGAGGAAGCCCCGCCAACUUGCAAGAUACGUACUUGUCCAGCACCCAAAGCUCCUGAACACGGGACUGUGGACACAUCGACCGCACCUGACUUGGAGUAUAAUCAGAUUGUGACUUAUAAAUGCGACACAGGUUAUAAAAUGCAAGGCUCUAACACCGGAACUUGCGACGAAAAUGGAAGCUGGGGGGCUGUACCAACAUGUUUAGUCGCUAUUGAAUGUGGUUUUGAGGAAUUAGCCACUUCUACAUGUGGCUACACGGUUGUGAGUGGAACGUUUACUAGAACAUACAGAGAUGCGGACGGUACGGGCUUCCCAGGUUAUGCACUUGUUGGUAAUGGUAAAAUCAGAUCCGGGGCCUUGCCUUUGGCUGGGAAUGAUGAACAAUGCAUGAGUGUCGACAUAAAAGGGAUAUCAAAAGACGAACUGGUAGCUUACGCAUAUAAUGGAGUAGAAGCAGAAACAAAAGCUAUCUGGCCAUUUCCUGGCCAGGUAGUUGCUUCAACCAGUUGGAAAACUGAGAAAUUUAAGUUGAAGAAAGUAAAGUCUGCUGAUACUGAGGUACAACUUGAACUUGUGGCAUCGGGGGAUGUGGAAUUGGACAACAUCAAGACUUUGUCCUCUUCGGACUGUGAUGGUCUAGAUACGCCAUGUGCUAAACAAAAUCUCGAUCACGGAACAAUUGAACCUAAUAAGGACUUGUAUAUCAAGGAUGAGGCGGUCACUUACUCUUGCAACGGUGGUUACAAUUUGGAAGGGGGGUCGACAGGAACAUGCAAAGCUGAUGGUUCUUGGACUACAACACCAGUUUGCAAAUCAACUCCGACCACAACUGAAUCUGAGACUCCAACUACCACCAGUGCUGUGGAACCCACUCAAACCCCUACAGCUCCGACCACCACUGCAUCUGAGACUCAAACAACCACCGGUAUGUUGGAACCCACACAAACCUCUACAGCUUCUUCUGUCAUCAUCUCAUCUACAACUCCAUCCACCACUCAAUCUCCGGGAUCGACAGAAAGCCCAGCUACAGCUCCAAUCACCAACACCUCUCUAGGGACUCUUGCCACCACCUCUCUAGAGACUCCUACCACCACCACCAGUGAUAUAGAAGGACGAGUAGAGAAGCCAGGUUCUGGGACUCCAGCCACCCCUACCAGCACAUCGACUACAGAUUCUACAGGAGGAAAACCUACGUCGUCCACCCCAUCACCCCAUGUACCUUUCCCACCAUGGGCUAUAGCUAUUAUAGUUAUUGCACUGCUUGCAUUCGGAGGGAUCGGUGGUUACUUCGGCUACAAAGCCUUUAGCAAUUCGAAAGGGAAAGAUAAGGGAUACACCUCGGCGACUCCAGAAGCAGGUCGCGCUCCUUCACCACCGUCCAACAACGUAGCUCCGACUCCAACUACUACUGUAUAAAGAUACUUAAAUCUGUUAUAUCGAUGGUUUCAACCCGAAAGGGCGAAACUUGAAUAAGCUGUUUUUAAAAAAUUUGAAUGAUAUGCUUUUUAUUUUGAACUUGUUUUUGUUUAAAUACUUUGGUGAAUGCUGCUUUGGUUCAAGCUGAACUAUGAUCAGAUGCUAGCUUGAAGCAAACCAUUUCAAAAUUCGAGCUUUUGCCUUUCUGUCUAAAACCCUCUCUCUAUAUGUGUAAUUUCUGAAUCAUAUGUUUAUAACAACAAUAUGGAAAGUUUUCAGUACCUCCUCUUUUGGGGAUUCCCCUACUUAUUGGUCUCUAGAUUGAACAUCAGAAACAAUGUAUGAAAAAUUUCAGUACCUUUGGGGAUUUUCCUACAUAUCGCCGAACCUUAGAUUAAACAUCAGAAAAUCUCUCAAAACAGCCCACUACUGUAGAACAAAUGAUUAGGACAAAUUAAUCAUUCAAGCUUUGACAGUUAUAAUUUCUGAAUCUGGUGUAUAAGCCUAUUGAGGAGUUUGUCUCUUGCCUCUCACUUGUAGGGGGGGGGGGGGGGGGGCUUUUGAGGGCCCUAAAAACUAGUCUAAAAAUCCCACUUUCAUCAAGAAAGUCUCUUUAUAAUACGGUUAAGUCUCGUCUCCGUAAAAUAUUCCAUGAAGGAAAUUUUCAAUGGGUGAAACUUUCCAGAGGGAGAAAUUCUAUAACAAGGGUUCACAGCAGACCUGGCUUUUUGAUGAAUGAUUGUACUUGAAUUUUACUUGAGACUCGUGACUUUAUUGCCAAACAUUUUAUCUUUUAUCAAUGUUUAUCUGAAUAACACUAUGGCCAUGACAUUUCCUCUUAAGCUUGGAAUACAGAGGAAGAAUGUUUUUAUUGGAAUUUAUCUUAUUUCUCAUGACAAUUUUUUUGUGACAUCACAUUAGUUGCGUUUUUAAAUUUUGUUUGCUUGAAAAAUUUUGAGGCUCAAAACUGGGAUUCAUUGAUAUACUUUUGUGAAUUUUUAAAGUGUACCUUAUGAAGGUAUGUUAUCACAUUCAUACUCGAGAGAGGAAAGCUGAUAAUAUGGUUUAUCUUCUUGUGAACCAUAAGCGUCCCGUCCAUUAUAUAUUUGAUUUGAUGUAAAUAUUGCUUAUGCUAUUUCAAUCAAAGUUUCAAUUCAGAUCAGAAUUUUUUAGAAGACUUCGUUACGUUUCACUUAUCAGCCUAGCUAAGGUACAAAGCCUCAAUGACCUUGAGAGGCCACAAAGACGCAAGACUGAUUUUAUUUUCUCUUGCCAAGAAAACUUUUCAUUCUUUCCAGUUUCAUUAUUUCACAGGGUGUCUUCACUUUGUUGGGCAUGAAUUGUUUGAAAAUAAUGGGAUUUGGAAUCUACCAAUCAAAGUAAUGCUAUAAAUAUCACUGGAACUGUAAACAGAGGGGGGAGGGGGCAUGAGUGCCAAAAGCCUCCAGAAGGGAGCCAUGAGCAUAAAUGGUCAGGAAUCACUGCAUUGAGCUAUAUUGAACAAUUUUAAUAUUAAACCUUACUUAUUAUAUUUUGAGACAAUUACCAUGCAUACUCAAUUAAAAAUGAAAAAGACUCAGAGCAAAGUUACGAUAUCUUGAAUGCGAAAAGCAACCGGAUCUAUAUAGAAUUAUGGUAAUGCACUAUGCACUGAAACAUAAAUAAUUAAUCGAAAGGGUAACUUUAACAUUUUACCGGAUAAUUUAUUUUUUUUGAUUACCGUGAAACACUUGCCAUCUUUUAUUUUGUUACAUAUCCCCUUAAGUUCAGUAGUAAAAUGAAAAAUUUGAAAAAUCCAUGAAAUGGAACCUAUUGGGAAUGUGGGGUACAGUGAGUAUUAAGUACAUAUUGUUUUUGUUGGGUACACUGGCAAUAAAUGAUGUUUCUUUUAGACAAGGCUUUGUGCAAUCGACCACACUUAUUUAAGGAACUUCUCUUUUUUGAAAGCCUGAAAGCUUUCUUGUUCAACACUGCUACCCAAUUUAUUUCACCCUGAGUAACUUAUGGGUUGUUUUCAUUGGGAUACAUGGGGCAAUAAUUGUCUUUUAUGUGACGUUUUCGCUAAGAUUUGAUUUUGUCAAUUGUUCGGUACUUAUGUGAUGUAUAAUUUUUGUGGCUCAACAAUUCCUCAAAUAUAACGCUGAUCAGAAAACAAUUUUCUCAAAAAGUUCAUUUUUUUUAAUUUUUAUUAUGCUGUCUUUCGUCACAAUAACUAUUUUUCACAAAGUGAAUGCAGAGCAGUGGUACCUGAUGUAUUUCCCAAUAAAUUGAAUCAAAUUCAAUUAUUUUUCGUUAUUAAGCCUUGUAUGAUGUCACUUUCUAGAUAAGAUGAUGUCAUCUUUAGUAUGAUGUCACACAUUCAUAUUUUUUCUAACAAACCCCUUCAGCCUAUUUAGAUCCUGGAUUCGCUUAAGUCUAAACCAGUGUUUUUCAAACUUUUUUGAUCACAACCUACUCGGCACAGCAAAAUUUAUUACACUCAAAGGAACUAAAUAAAAUAAAAAUAGAGAAAAAUUCAAUAAUACAGAAAUAAUAAAAUUUACAAAUCCUUUAUUAGGAACAACGUGCUUUCAUAAUCUUGCACAAAAGAUUGAAUUUCGGUGAUGGUGGCUCUUAGUACUGGUUCUAAAUCUUACGAAACUAAUAUAUUUUGUUUUGACAUUAGUUAUUGGUAAAAAAGAUUUUACCGCAACCCCAUAUGAGCCCUUUCGCGAUCUACUGGGGGGGUAGGGACCCCUAGUUUGAGGUCGUGAAUCUAAACAAAUUGCCUAUAAUCCCGAAAUCAAAAAUCUCUGGAUGGGCACACUGCUCUGGAGUAAUUAUAGUUGAAUAAUUUAUGUUUUGUAUGUUUUUAUUUUAAAAAAGUAGUGCAUGAUGAUAAUAAAUGUUUUGCCGCUUUAUGACGUCAUUUUAUGUAGUAGUUACGUCAUACCUUACGUUGUAUUUCGUGCAAAUAUGAAACACCAAGCGUGUAUAAAUAAAUGGUGUGGAUCCAAUUGUUAUGAAAAUUAAUAAACUAAAGGAUGUAA